CCCGGUCAUGUGAUGUUGUUAGCCGAGGCUGAGGAGCAGCAUCAUCUGAGGGGGAAUCACAGCCAGUAUCUCUCCCUGCGUUGAAAGGCACCUGCAACGGACACGUCAGCAACCAUGUCAUACGGGUCUAUUGACGGAGGCUCCUUUGGCAGCAACAACCCAUUUGGAGGACCCGCUAGGCAGGGCUAUCAGCUAGUAGCCACACAGGUCAGCCCUGCAGAACUGCAAGACGUGUUUCAGGAGACCUCCUCCAAUAUCUUCCAGAUUAACGCCAACGUUGUCACAUUAGAGAAGAAUCUUCAAGCCCUGGGAACAUCGAGAGAUACAGCAGAGCUACGACAGAGCUUACACUCCACGCAGCAGCAGACCAACAAAGUCAUCACCAGCACAAGCCAACUCAUCAAACAGCUCUCAGAUAUAAUCAGUGGCUCUUCACGGCAAGACCGUCUGCGCCUGACACGACUAAAAACUGAACUCGCCGAGUCUGUGCAGAGCUAUGGGGAUCUGCAGAAGAAAAUUGCAGAACGCUCGAGGGCCUUGCUCCCUCCAACACAGAAAGACAAGCAGAAGACCCCAUCCAGUGAUCUGAUGGGAGAGGGUCCAGUGUUUGGAGAAGCAGCAGGCUCAGAGGGAGGCGCUCUGGCCUUUUUGUCGGAGAUCAGUGAGGAGGAUGUAGAGGUGCUUCACCAAAGAGAGGAGGCCGUGCUUCAGAUUGAGAGAGACAUGCUGGACGUUAGUCAAAUCAUGAAAGAUCUGGCCAGUAUGGUCCAUGAACAAGGAGACGCCAUAGACAGCAUUGAAGACUACAUCCAGACUGGGUCGUCCAAUGUGGAAUCAGCCAAUCAGGAACUUGCGAAGGCAAACCAUUACCAGAGGCAGCUGAGGAAGAGGAAGUGCUACCUCCUGGUGGCCGGAGCGAUUAUCCUCACCGUCCUUGUCAUCAUCAUAGCUGUUUCAGCAAGGAAAUAAGACUGACCGCUUUGGUAGCGGCUUUCAUUACAGUCUCACCUCAGUGCUCCUGCCCAGCCUGAUCCCUGACCUGAGCAGCUGGUUUCCAGUAAGAGGGGGCUGCCCUGCAACAAAAUCUCUCCUCCAUCAAAUCUGGCUCUGUCCACAUGUGCUUCUGUCUGGGGAUGGAUGGCUUUCUGGGUGUAUCAAUUUGUCAAUGGGUAGCCCCAGUCUGAGACUCACAUGUAAUCACUCAUAUUUUUUACGCCAUCUCUGUGACUGGAUGUUAUCAUCGAUGCUGAAGUCACAAAUUUAGUCAUUACUGUAGGGGCGGAGGCUCCGGUGCUUCCUGUCUUGGAUGUGAUGGGUGACUGUUGUAUAUGACACACAGGGAGCUCCUAACUAUGCCGCUUCAUCAGAAAACCAGAUGAAGAUGGAGCCGAAGCUUCAGGGUGAGACGCAGCAGCUUGGGGUCGUUACAGUCUGCACUGCUGUACUGUAUGCUCUAUUUCCUUCAUGCAUUUUUAAAGGCGUGAACUACAUUUAUUAGUGUGUAAUGUAAUUUAUUUAGCAUUAUGUUGUCCAAUUUCUUGAUAGUUGUAAAUAUUAUUUGACCAAAUAUAUCCACCAAAAUAAAAGUCUAUGUUCAAGAGAAAUAUGAAGUUCUGGCUGUGUUUGUGAUUGAUCUAUAGAGUAGAACAUAUUAUGAGACUUACCAUUUCAACAUGUGUUGAUUAAUAUCAGCUAUCGUAAGACUCCUCCGUUGAAAAAUGACCCCAUCGGUCAGUGCCAGCCUAUUCCAGUUUCCAUCUGUAGUUGGGUUAUUUUAUUAUUAAGAGACAUCAUGUAGUCAUGUGAUGCAGUAUCAGUCAUGUGACAAGUGACAACGACCUCUAGUGGCCAUAGCAAUAUGACAAGUUUAAAGUCAGGUGACCACAUUUUCAUACACUUGUUUUCUCAAGUUCUUAAGUUGAUUCAUGAUGACAAUUAUUGUGCCAUCCAUCAUACUGUGACUAACUGGAUGGUGCACUUUUAAGUAAGCAAAGCAGUUAGAUAUUUUGUUGGAUUAAAUGUUUUAAUCAUCAUUACCGAGAAAUCCUGUUAUAUUUAAGACAACGCUGGUGCAAUUCAUAUGCUUUGUCAGUAAGUACCUUAAUCUGAACAGUGUACUACAUGUAAGUAUUUGAAUUGAGAAAAAACCUUGCCUAGGUAGGAGUUUGGAUGGGUCAAAUAAAACAACCAUUGUAUGUUUAAUUUUGCAAACCAAUAGUCAUAAAUGUUUAACCACAACUUCAGGAAAUGGUCACAUGGGUCAUAUCAGAGAAGAGGGUUGGGGUAUUCAGGCAAAGUAAAAAUAUCCUCAAGUAGUCAUUUGUUACAUGUACUUAUAGCUACACUAAGAUCACAAUGGCAUAAAGAUUAAACAUAAUUGCUUGUGUUUAACAACUAUAAUCAUAGUCGGUUUAACUGAGUUUAUACAAUGCUGAAUUACCUAUCACAAAUUACUUUCAAGCGCAUGCAAUCCAUGAAAUGUGUGGCAGCAUUUCUGUUUUAAAAAAGGAAAACACAAAAGAAAUCCUUUCAUAGGGGAAAAGCGUUAUUGUUUUUGUCAUGAAUGUCAGUCAUUGUUUGUUUGACAGCCUUUAGGUUAAGUGCUGAUGAUGUACCUGUGACUAAAAUGUUUUUAUUUUCAUUGUACAUACAUUAAAUUCUUCAUCUCUGUUGGGAAACUGCUAAUCUU